AUGGAUAAGACGACACGUUUGUUGGCCGUUUUGGCCUUGUUGGCGGCGCUUGCGGUGUCCGUCUCUGCUCGCAAGGAUGACGAGCGGUGGUCGGAAAGGGAAAGAGGCCGCGAAGAAGAGCGGUGGUCGGAGAGGGAGCGACGAGGCCACGAAGAAGCUCGUGGCGGCGACGAGGGUGGCACGGGAUGGCGCGAGGGGGACGACUGGUUCCUGCUUCACCAUUCCAAGCCGGUGGUCAAGACUGAGGCUGGGAGCAUGAAGCUCGUCAGAGGCUCCGGCAAAAGCCCUAUGCAUAUUGGCUUCAUCACCAUGGAACCUAAGAGCUUGUUCAUUCCUCAGUAUCUCGAUUCCUCACUCAUCCUCUUCGUUCGCAGAGGGGAAGCAAGAGUGGGGAAUAUAUACAAAGAUGAACUGGUGGAGAGGAGAUUGAAGGUGGGCGAUAUAUACCGAAUCGCGGCGGGAUCCGCCUUUUAUUUGAUCAAUGCAGAGGAAGGCCAGAGGCUUCAUGUCGUCUGCAGCAUUGAUACAUCCGACAGCCUCACACCCUAUAAAUUUCAAUCCUUCUACGUUGCUGGUGGAAAGAAUCCUAAGUCGGUGCUCUCUGGAUUCGAUCAUUUAACGUUGUCGACAGCAUUCAAUGUGACAGAGGAAGAACUGGAAGAUAUGCUGAUGAGCCAACGCGAAGGUCCGAUCAUCUACUUAUCUAACACGACUCAUGCCCCAUCUAAAUUCUCGGAGAUGGAGAGGACGGCUGAGCAACAAUCGACAUGGUCUUUUAGGAAGAUGAUGGUGUCUUUCAUGGAUUGGAGUAACAAGAAGAAGGAUGAUAGGAAGGGUUCAAGAACAGGUAAAGGCCCAGAUGCGUACAACCUCUACGACAGAAAGCCCGAUUUCCAGAACGACUACGGGUGGAGCAUUGCCCUCGACGAGAAGAACUAUCCUCCCCUCCGCUACAAUGACAUUGGAGUCUAUCUUGUCAACCUCACUGCGGGAUCGAUGAUGGCGCCUCAUAUCAAUCCGAUGGCGACAGAGUAUGGGGUUGUGUUGAAAGGAAGUGGGACUAUACAGAUCGUGUAUCCAAAUGGGAGCUUGGCUAUGAAUGCUAAAGUGAACGAAGGAGAUGUGUUUUGGAUACCUCGGUUCUUCCCCUUCUGCCAGAUUGCGUCACGAACCGGGCCGUUUGAGUUCUUCGGGUUCACCACCUCGGCCCGCAACAACUGGCCUCAAUUCUUGGUGGGAGCAAACUCGUUGCUCCACGCCAUGAGAGGGCCCGAGUUUGCGGCUGCCUUUGGGAUGAGUGAGAAGAGCUUUGAUUACAUCAUUGAUGCGCAACGGGAGUCGGCCAUCCUGCCUACGGCCACGGUGGCUCCGCCAGAUGAGGGAGCUCCCGGAAGGGUGAGAGAGGCAGUGAGGAAGUUCUGGAGUGAGUAG